AUGUGGCUCAUAAACACCUCCACAAUUAAGCUCGAAAGAGCCAAUCCCGACGAUUUAUCCUCAAUGCCAUACGCGAUCUUGUCGCACACAUGGGGCAAAGAGGAAGUCACCUUCGAAGACAUGACCCAACAAAGCCCACCCACUCACAUAUCAGGGUACAUCAAGAUCUUGAAGACUUGUGAAUUGGCACGACAGAAAGGCAUUUCUUAUGCAUGGGUCGAUACAUGCUGCAUCGACAAGCGUAGCAGCGCUGAGCUAGCAGAGGCAAUCAAUUCCAUGUUCAGAUGGUACAAAGAAGCAACUAUCUGUUUCGCACAUCUUGAAGAUCUAGAACCUGUUAGUGAGAGCGGUGAGGAUUAUUACCAACUAUUGCGUUAUUGUAGAUGGUUCACGAGGGGUUGGACUUUGCAAGAGCUCAUAGCUCCGGAGCAGCUUGACUUUUAUGACAGUGCAUGGGGUUUUAGAGGAACGAAAGCAGAGCUAGGUCGGGUGAUCUCUGGAAUUACCGGUAUUCAGAUGGAAGUGCUGAGGAACACAGCAUCUCUUGAGGAUAUUCCUGUAGCAAGACGCAUGUCAUGGGCUGCUAGCCGAAGCACAACAAGAGUGGAAGACAUCGCUUACUGUCUUCUUGGCAUCUUCGAUGUGAACAUGCCCAUGAUGUAUGGCGAGGGUUUAAAAGCUUUUGAACGAUUGCAGGAAGAGAUUAUCAAGCAGACGACUGACAUGUCCCUCUUCGCAUGGAAGGCGAAAGAAUUGUCGCAAGAGUAUCGUGGUAUCCUAGCUCAGUCCCCCGCCGAAUUCGCACACUGCCAUCAUCUUUCUCUCGCGCCGAAUAUGAGGACUGGCUCCGAAACAGCCAUGACAAACAAGGGUCUCAGGCUAGAGACUUGCUUGGGCACUGGAGAUAUCCUCAAUCUGGCUUGUCAACUACCAGAUCAUUCUAAUGUUAAGCGCAACAUAGGUGUCUAUUUGACAAAGACGGCGAACGGAUAUGUCCGGUCUGCCCCUACGUAUCUUUUUGAGUCGAAGGACACACAUAUUUGGGCUGGCGCGCGUCGGAAAACCUUUAUACGCAAACGCGUCACCCCGUUUGUGUCUGAGAAACUGCAACUUGACUUGGCAAUGAACAUUGUUAUCUGCCUAAUUGUUAGCCCGGGAUACAAGAUACAUACAUUUGCUGCAAAACCGGCGGAUUUCUGGGAUGAAACUGGCCAAUCCUUCAUCACGGCCAAUCAUCCCAGCUUCACCGGAUUUCUAGAUUUUCAGGUUUCUGAUUCUUCUGGUUCUUUUGUGUCAGACCGAAUCAUUGUGGCAUGUGGUCUGAGGAGCAAUAUCAAGGGCUUAGGUUCAUGGGCGGCCGUCUACUCAGCGAACCAUCAGGACUCAAAAGCCAUUAUGGAUUGCGUCAACAAGUAUUAUGGGUCGUAUGGAGAUGAGCUAUAUCUACAGGAGCUCCGAUCGAGGAUCCCUACCUGGGAUGGCGAUUUGGUUCAUCAAGUCAGUGUGCCUUCUAGUGAUGGGUUGCAUGAUCUGGUCGUUUCGGGAAAGGUGCACCAGAGUUCGAGGGAUGGGACCAAAAGUAUCCGGGUUACUGUCCUAGGUCGAUGA